AUGAGAAGCUUUCGACCAACGGCAGACGAGUAUUCAAAAAGGCGUCCUAUUAACCGGCCAAUCAGAGAGAAGGCUGAUCUGUCAUGCGCCUUGGCGUCGAUCCAUAGAAUUAUACAUAUAGUACGGCAGUGUGGGCUUGGCUCUUGCCGGUGUUAUAAACUGGUCUUAAGUAGACCAUCCGUGUUGUUUAGACCGGUGGUAGAACCUGAUACAGUGAUGGUGAUGGCCAGUGGUGGUGGCGGGAUGGUGCAAUCCCCGCCAGACAUGCUGCACCAUCACAACAUCAUGGAUACUUCUUCACACGUGGAGAUGAUGCCCAGUAAGUAA